AUGACGAGUCUGUCGCCUUCACCGCCACUAGAUCCGGUGGCCGUCAGCGACGAUCUCACACCUCUGCCAACCCUGAAGCAGGCCGGAGACGCACGCGUCGAUUUCGACGGCCAGCUGGCAGAGCCACUCGCCUACCAUGAGGACGUGAGGACGGGAUGCGGUGGCCAAACAUGGCCGGCAGGACUUGUGCUGGGCAAACACAUGCUGCGCUACCACAGAGAGGAGAUGAGGACUGCUAGAAUACUGGAGCUUGGUGCAGGCGGCGGGCUGGUUGGUCUCGCUGUGGCUCUGGGAUGUGGUGGUGAGAAUCGGCUCUUGCUCACCGAUCAGGCCGCCAUGUUGGAGCUCAUGCGAACAAACAUCUCGCUCAAUCGAGUUGGCUCCCGGGCCAAGGCUCUCAUUCUCAACUGGGGCGAGCCACUUCCGCAGGAGGUCGUGGCGCAGAAGCCAAAUGUAAUCAUCGCAGCAGAAUGCGUGUACUUUGAACCCGCCUUCCCCCUCCUCAUGGAGACCCUCAAGGACCUGUUUGCGCUGAACGAGGAGGCUGUGGUAUACUUUUGCUUCAAGAAGCGCAGGAGAGCCGACAUGCGGUUCGUCCACAUGGCCAGGAAGGCCUUUGUGGUCGAGGCGCUGUUCGACGAGGAUCGCCCGGUGUUUCAGCGGCAGUCAUUAUUUCUGCUUUCAUUCAAAUGCCGCCCGAGGGCCAAGAGCACAGAGCACAGCCUGGCGAUGGGCAUCACUACAUAG